AUGGCAGACUCAUCGAAAAAUAAAUACAAAAAUGAUUUCAAUUACGCAGUGCAAGUGACUCGCAAUGUUUUGCGAAUGAUCGGUGUGUGGCCAAUUUCCAGUAACGCUUCCAAUGUGGAAAGAAUCGCGAUUCGCUUACAAAAUGUCUCUUGUUACUUUUUAUUCACAUUUAUUAUCGUGCCGAGUCUUCUAUUAAUAUUCCUGAAGGAACACGACUUUAAACGUAGCGUAAGAGUGCUCGGACCGCUUCUGAAUUGUGGGAUGGGUUGCUUGAAGUAUAGUCUGAUCAUGUAUCACGCGAAAGAAAUUCAGUCUUGUCUGAAGCAGGUGCUACAUGACUGGAGGGAUACAGUUGAUUGGAAAAAUCGAAAAAUAAUGCUAUCUAAGGCAAAAAUAGGUCGAAGAUUCGCGAUUAUUUCUGCCGUCUUCAUGUACGUUGGUGGAUUAUCUUAUCGCACACUCGUACCGCUUUCAAAAGGUCGUAUGCUCACAUCAAUGAACAUCACAGUAAGAGCGUUGGCAUGUCCGAGUUACUUCGUCAAGUUCGAUGAACAGACGUCGCCAGCAUACGAAAUCGUUUUCAUUCUGCAAUUCUUUGCUGGACUGAUCACCUACUCGGUAACAGUCGGUGCAGCCGGAUUGGCUGCAUUUUUCGUCAUGCACAUUUGCGGACAACUGAGCAUUUUAAUUGGCAAGUUCAAGCAUCUUAAUGAUAUACCGGAGCCUGAGGAUCGACCUGUCGCGAUAUUGCUGGCUGAUAUCGUCGAGCAUCAGAUAAAAGUGAAAACUUUCCUAAAACAAGUAGAGGAAACUAUGCGAUAUAUAUUGUUAGUAGAAAUGACGGGCUCUACUAUACUUUUAUGCCUUACUAUGUAUUAUGUUAUUAUGGAAUGGGAAAGAAGCGAUUCUACAGCUAUGUUAACUAUGUUUGUGAUUCUCACAUCUUUUACUUUUUCUAUUUUUACUAAUUGUUACGUUGGUCAACUAUUGACAGAUCAGAGCAUUAAAGUUGGAUCAAUGACAUCUACGACGAAUUGGCAUCGUCUUCCUCACAAAAAAGCCCGUACUUUAAUUUUAAUAAUGGCAGUUUCUAAUAUUCCGGCAAAAAUUUCAGCAGGAAAAAUGAUAGAAAUGUCUCUACCUACAUUCAGUAAUAUCAUUAAAACGUCACUGGCGUACUUUAAUCUGCUACGAAAAUUUAUUACAUAA